AUGGAGGGCGCCGCGCAGGACCCGACCGCCACCACCUUCUACUCCGCCGCCACCGGCCUCUACGCCAGCACCCACGCUCCCAUCCCGCUCCCCGCCGACCCCGCCCUCUCCCUCGUCCCGCACCUCUUCUCCCGCCUCCCUCUCCACCACCACGGCCAGCCUCAUUCUCCCCCGUGCUUCAUCGAUGCCGCAACCGGCGCCUCUCUCACCCGCGCCGACCUCCGCCGCCUCGUCUCCUCCCUCGCGCACGGCUUCCGCCGAGACCACCACAUCCGCGCGGGCGACGUCGUGCUCCUCGUGCUCCCAAACUCCAUCGCCUUCCCCGUCGCCUUCCUCGCCGUCCUCGCCGCCGGCGGGGUCGCCACCACCAUGAACCCCUCCAGCUCCCGCGCCGAGAUCGCCGGACGCCUGCGAGACACCAAUCCCUCCCUCAUCCUCGCCUCCUCCGACAACGCGGCGAAGCUGCCGCCCUCCGCAGCCCCGGUCCUCGUCGUGCCGGACACCUUCCCAGCCGCGGAGGACGAGUACGCGCCCUUCCGUGCGCUGCUCGAUUCUUCCGCCGCCGGCGCCGGCGCGACCGACGAGUUCCCGUCCGCGGAGGUGGGCCAGGACUCGGACGCCGCCUUCCUCUACUCCUCGGGGACCAGCGGCCGGAGCAAGGGCGUCGUGCUCACGCACCGCAACCUUAUAUCCAUGGUCGAGCUCUUCGUGCGCUUCGAGGCGUCGCAGUACGCGCCACCUGCUUGUGACAAUGUCUACCUGGCCGCGCUGCCCAUGUUCCACGUCUACGGCCUCUCCCUCUUCGCCGUGGGCCUCCUCUCGCUCGGCACGCCGGUCGUGGUCAUGAGGAGGUUCGACGUAGGCGAGGCGCUCAGGGCCAUCCACAGGUUCAAGGUCACGCACUUGCCGCUCGUGCCGCCGAUCAUGGCGGCGCUGCUCAGAGCCAAGUCCGCAGGCGCCUUGUCGUUGGAGUCCUUGGUACAGGUCUCCAGCGGUGCAGCUCCGCUCGGCGGCAAACUCGUUCAAGACUUUCUCCAGGCUUUCCCACACGUCGAUUUCAUUCAGGGCUAUGGCAUGACAGAAUCGACGGCUGUGGGAACUCGCGGAUUUAAUACUUCAAAGCAUAAGAAGCAUGCCUCUGUGGGCCUUCUAGCCCCAAACAUGCAUGCGAAAAUACUUGAUGUGGAAACGGGCUUCUGUUUACCUCCAGGCUCUUGUGGGGAGUUGUGGCUCCAUGGGCCAGCUAUAAUGAAAGGUUACUUGAAUGAUGAAGAUACAGGCGCAAGAAGUGAUGGCUGGUUGCAGACUGGCGAUCUUGCUUACUUUGAUUCAUAUGGGUACAUUUACAUAGUGGGCCGUUUGAAAGACACAAUUAAGUACAAAGGAUUUCAGAUAGCUCCGGCUGACCUUGAAGCUGUUUUGGUCCAGCACCCUGAAAUUGUUGAUGUUGCUGUAACAUCCGCUGAAGAUGAAGAAGCUGGAGAGAUACCAGUAGCUUUCGUGGUGAGGAAAUCUGGAAGCACUCUGACAUGUGUGCAAGUGAUGGAGUAUGUGGCCAAGCAGGUGUCCCCGUAUAAGAAAGUUCGGAAGGUAAUAUUCGUGGAGGCAAUUCCCAAGUCAGCUGCUGGAAAGGUUCUGAGGAGGCUUCUCAAGGACUCUCUGACCCUUGAUGCUGCUGCUUCCAACAACAAGACCAAUCCCAGUUCAAGGCUGUAGCAAGAGGCUAGCAGCUCCGCAAAAUUGAUUGAGUGCAUGUGUUAUUUAUUGUGAUUUUUCUUUUUCUUUUUGUGAUAUAUGGAGUAUGUUGGUCCGCCAGGGAUUGGGAUUUCUGGUAGUUGUUGGGUACAAAUAGUACAAUACCAUCAUACCAUACCACCGUAGGAUGAAUUCUCGAAAAAAGUACUAUUUGAUGUUAAGUCAAACAAUGGAAUGCACGUGUGUUACUCCAU